GGACUGUUCCUGACUCAUUCAAACUUUUUUGUAAACAUUGGUAUGGUUUUAUUGCGGAAAGACGUGUUUCUGUGUCGGUGAGCCAUCAACAAGGUAGUGACGGAUACCGAUACUCAUCCGGACCCGGUAGUUUUAGUGUUUGUUUUUCACUUUAAAACCAAGUUCGCACGUUUCUCUUACGGUGAAUACUAGCUAGCUAACGUUAACUAACGUUAGUCCGUGGCCAUUUCUCAGCGUUGGAUGGGCGUGUAGGAGUUAGUAAACAAGUUAACUUUUUCUAAGAUGUUAACGCAGCUUUAAGCGUUUCACUGUAGUUUUUGGACACUUUUUGAAUCUUUACCUUUAUUUUAAGGUAGUUUAAAGUUGAUUAGCUUUGUGUUUUUUGUGAGAAACGCCUCUACAACUGUAGUAGCGUUCCAACCGCGUGAUUUUCCCGUCGACGCAGCCGGGGUUUAAAUCCUGAAAAUGUCGAGCUACAGUCGCCAUCGACACGGAUCCCCCUCCCCGAAAUCUCUACCAAUUCGUCAGAAAUUACAGUUUACAUCCAGCGACGGGGAGGACGACCCCAUUGAGGACGUUAACAACAGCACCGGAGGAGAGUCUGGCUUUACGGAGAUUGAUUCCCCGAUGCCGGUGCGACGGGACGCCGUCGGCAAACUGCUGGAAGGGGGCAGCAGCCCCCUGAACCAGUCCGCUGGGGACGACGACGUGGAACUGUGGGGCGAAGAUAGUUUUGGGUCCCCGUCUGACCUGCGGUCACCGAGCAGUGUUAUCUUUGCCAACUGUUCACCGUCACCGAGGAAAACCUCUCGGCUGUACGGAGGGUCACCGGAGCGGUCCUACGUCCAGGACGACGGGGAAGGAUCCAGCUCGCCGAUCCCAGACUGCCCUGACACACCUCCACACAAAACCUUCAGAAAACUCAGACUUUUUGACACACCACACACACCAAAGAGUUUGCUGUCCAGAGCCAGGAGCUCCGGCCUGGGAUCCUCGAGCAGGAGAGUUGCCCUGUUCAAGAAUGUGGAGCCUUCAGGAAAGUCAAUCACAGACAGCAGCAGGAGACAGCAGACCCCUCUGGUCAACUUUAACCCCUUCACCCCCGAUUCCCUCCUCAUCCAGUCUGCCACACAGCAGAGAAACAACAGGAAACGAGCACACUGGAAUGACUCUUGUGGAGAGGACAUGGAGGCAAGUGAUGGCGACGGAGAGGAGGAAAUCUUGCCACCAUCAAAGAGGAUCACCAUGAUGGAAAGCAACAUGAUGUCCAGGUACACCACAGAGUUCCUCGAGCUAGAGAAGAUCGGCUGCGGGGAGUUUGGCGCUGUGUUCAAGUGUGUGAAAAGACUAGAUGGCUGCAUCUACGCCAUCAAGAGAUCAAAGAAGCCUCUGGCAGGAUCAGUAGACGAACAGAACGCCUUACGGGAGGUGUAUGCCCACGCUGUGCUGGGCCAACAUCCCCACGUGGUGCGUUACUACUCGGCUUGGGCUGAGGACGACCACAUGCUCAUCCAGAACGAGUACUGCAACGGCGGCACGCUGUCCGACGUCAUCGCUGAGAACUACAGACGGCUCAGUUACCUGUCGGAGUUGGAACUGAAAGAUCUGCUGCUGCAAGUCACACGAGGACUCAAGUACAUCCACUCUACUUCUCUGGUACACAUGGACAUCAAGCCCAGCAACAUCUUUAUUUCACGGAAGUCUGUAGCCAGCUGUGAUGAAUGUGAUGAGGACGACGGACUGACCACGAGCGCUGUCUACAAAAUAGGUGAUCUUGGUCAUGUGACAAGAGUGAACAAUCCACAGGUGGAAGAAGGUGACAGCAGAUACCUAGCCAAUGAAGUUUUACAGGAGGACUACAGUAAUCUGACGAAGGCGGACAUCUUUGCUCUGGCUCUGACUGUCGUCAACGCUUCAGGGGCCGAGCCUCUUCCCACCAACGGAGACAAGUGGCACGAGAUCCGACAGGGCAAACUCCCUGCCAUCCCUCAAGUGCUUUCUCCCGAGUUUCUCAGUCUACUCAAGCUGAUGAUCCACCCUGAUCCAAGCAGACGGCCAUCAACUUCUGACCUCAUCAAACACCCGGUGCUGCUCACUGCCGCCAGAAUGAGCGCCGACCAGCUCCGAGUCGAGCUCAAUGCAGAGAAGUUCAAGAACGCACUGCUCCAGAAGGAGCUGAAGAAGGCCCAGCUGGCCAGAGCUGCAGCAGAGGAGAAGGUUUUGUCCACCGACAGGAUCCUGACCCGCUCCACAGUCCAGUCGAACCCCAGGACCUCCAGACUCAUCGGCAAGAAGAUGAAUCGAUCGGUCAGCCUCACCAUCUACUGAGACUUGAAUCCGCCCUGACGGAAAGUGAAACACAAAGGCUCAUGGACCUUUUUAAUCAGACCAGUUCGGAUGAGAUGGCCUCUCCUGUUUUCUUUUCAAAGAGAAGCCUGUCAGUCGUGGUGUUGGGCUCCUCCGCCCAGAACUGAACUGGAACUCAUCUCGAUAGACUCUUAUUGCCAACAUAGUUCAGCCCUUUUCUCUGAUGGACUUUUUCUUUGGAUCAAACUGUCAUUCCUCAAAGGUAGUUACUGUACCUUUUACACUCUGUCAUUCCUUAAGUUUGCAUAGACGCCAGGCUCUCUCUCCGUUUCUGUCCUCGCACUUCUCUCGACAAAGCCGAAGCCUGUUGGCGGCGGACCGAAGCCGCAGUGAAGCUCUCUUCAGUGUGAAUGUACUUGCCGUAGCCGCGCACCUUACUGCCUGUCAAAUGCCUGAUGCUGGGUACCAGAUGGUCUGAGAGCUGACGAUGUCUGUGUUUGUAAUGGAGCACUUUGGAGGCAACAUGUGGAACUUGCCACAUUUUUUUUUCAAGAAAAAAGAAAAAAAACCUGCUGCUAUUGAUGUUUUGUGUGUAUCAGGGUUUGGCCAGUUUCAGGUUGGAUCGUUCUAGAGGACAUUGGCUCUUAUUUUCAAGUAGCAGGAGUCCAUUUCCUCCCCGUUAAAUGUACGUGUUAUUUUUUCAUCCAGUUGGUUUGAAGUACCAAAACCAGCGACGUAGCUCGUUAACUGAGGUUAGAAUUGAUCCGUAGUAUUUUAAUUUCGACUGUUGAUUGGUGCUGCCAACCCUGCCUGUAGCAUUAGAACAAUCAUUGUCCUGUUCUUUGGAUUCUCGUGUGUUCUGUUUUCUUUUCCCCCAAGGCUCAUCUACAAUUACUGUUUAAAAGCAUUCCUCAUGUUUUUGUUCUCGUAACCUCUAACACAAAACCCCCGUUCAGUUGUUGUAACCUGUACAUAUGUUCUUUUAAUAAAUUCUCACCA